UCAGACAUUCGCAUCAGAUCGGUGUUAGUGAACGUUCUAUUAAAUCGCAUUUAAUUCUGCUUACCCAGGCGACAGUUUCUUAACAAAAUGUUGAGGAGCGGGAUAAAACUUCAUAAGAUUGGUGUAAAGUUUAUUUCCACCAACCCUUCUAAAAGAACUUCGGAGGCCAUAAGUAUUUCUAAGAAAGACGACUAUUACAAGAAUCUAGGCGACUCCGGGGAAAAAGAUCUCCUGAAACCACCAAGAUGGCAUGAAGCUCUGCCGUACGACUCCAUUCCAGGACCUAAACCUCUUCCGCUUAUUGGGAAAAUGUGGAGGUUCAUGCCGUACAUAGGCCAGUUCAGCAACAUGCCUCAAAAAGAUAUUUAUCAAACAUUAAAAAAUGAGUAUGGCAACAUUGUUAUGCUUAAAGGAAUACCUGGAAGGAAUCCCAUGGUUUUAGUCUUUGAUGUUAAUGACAUGGAAACUGCUCUCAGAAAUGAAGGAGCAUUUCCCAUAAGAACAAUUCUUGCAGAUUCUCUAGGAUAUUAUCGUAUGGUAGUAAGAAAAGAUGUUUUUGGUGAAGUUGGAGGAGUUAUAAGUGUUCAUGGAGAAAAGUGGUUUAAAGUCAGAUCGGUAGUAAACCCAAUCUUGAUGCAGCCUAGGACAAUUCAACAGUAUUUAGGAAAUAUGGAUAAAGUCGCUCAUGAAUUGGUUGAUAAUAUUCGAUAUUUCUCGAAACAAAAUGAAAAAAACGAAAUGCCGGACGAUUUCCAGGGCGAGUUAUAUAAGUGGGCAUUGGAAUCAGUUGGAGUGGUCGCACUCGACAGGCAAUUAGGAUGUCUAGAUUUAACUGCCCCUAAGGAUUCCGAGCCACAGCAAUUUAUAUCCAAUGUAAAUGAAUUUUUUGACCUUAUGUAUCGGUUAGACUACCUCCCACCAAUAUGGAAAUUCAUCCAAACUCCCACAUUUAAACGUUAUGUCAAAGUUUUAGACAUUAUAACUGACACAACGCGUAAAUAUGUAGAAGAAUCUUUGAACAGGUCUGUUGCGGAAAAUAUACCAGACGAUCAACUCAGUGUGACCCAAAGACUGGCCAAAAUGGAUAAAAAGAUUGCUGUUGUUAUGGGCAUUGAUAUGUUGAUAGCUGGAAUAGACACGACAGGAAAAACGUUGGCUACCUUGUUGUACUUCCUUGCAAAAAAUCCAGACAAACAGCAGUGUCUCCGAGAGGAAGUAUUGAAAAAUCUUCCGGAAAAAAAUUCUCCAGUCACCAAAGAGGCUUUGAAUAAAUCGCCAUAUCUUAAAGCAGCAAUCAAAGAAUCGAUGAGGAUAGCUCCAAUAGCGAUAGCAAAUGCGAGGACGACCAUAAAGGAUUUGGUCCUUGGAGGCUAUCAAGUUCCAAAGGGUACUGACGUCGUCACCUUGCAUCUCCUUAGUUCCAAUUCGGAUGAAAUAUUCAAAGAUGCUGAUAAAUUUAUUCCUGAGAGGUGGCUUCGAACAACGGAAGACCAAUACUCAUCUAAAAACGUGCAUCCCUUUGCAUACAUGCCUUUCGGUUUCGGACCUAGGUCAUGCAUUGGCAAGCGCCUGGCCAAUUUGGAAUUAGAAGUAGCGACAACGAGGAUUAUAAGGAACUUUGAACUGUCAUGGCAUCACGAAGAUAUGAAAUUUUCCGGAAAUUUAAUGUAUGGAAUAACAAAACCUCUUAAACUCAAAGUAAAGGAGCUCUAAAAAAAUUGUGUUGAAUUAUGCGAUAUUUGUAAGAUGAUGUUAUAAAAUAUAGGAAACCUUUCAAUAUUUGUUGCAAAAAAAAUCGACCAUUACAAACAUACCUACACUGUAUAUUUUUGCAAAUUUGAAUUUUUGGGGUCUAUCUCCAACAGAAAGGAAAGUAGGAUCGAACGACUGGAUAUAGUGGAACAGGAGAGGAUAUUUUCCGGUUAACUGUAUUUUAUCGAACCAAUCAGCGAUCGCGUUAUCUCGAGCGUACGGUUUUUAGUUGACCGUACCAGCCGUGCAAUGUUGGUCACGUGACUUAUAAUCAUAUAUGAAGGGUCUGUAUAAGGGUAACCACUAACCUUCCCGAAAUAUUUUUAUUUUGGAAUUUAUUAAUGCUAAUUAAGUUAAAAGUAUAAUAUAAGAUAUUAGGGUAUUUGUCAAAAUACUUAUAGUAUAUAACUUUAUUUUUAUAUACAUGUAAAUAAAAAUAUGUUUUUGUUCUCUAUCAGAAUGUUUUGGUUUUAUGAGAUGUUAGAUUUAAGUUUUUAUAUCUAUUCGUAUACAAUAACGCCUUAUUGUUAUAAAAUAUUAAAUAAAUAAAUAAUAUUUUA